GACAGGCGGAACAGGACAUCAUGAAAUCUCUGGUAAUUUUGGCAGUGCUGGGAAUGUGCUCCGCCUCCACCUGGCAGGCCACCUACGGCGGCUACGGCGUGUACGGCGCCCCUUACCAGCGGAAGUGGACCGGACCCGUGGCGGCCACCGUCCCGGCGGGCGUCGACGGUACCAUCACCCCGGUGUCUGAUACGUACGAGGUAACCGCCGCACGCAAUGCCUUCUUCCAGGCAUACAACGCUCAGCUGGCUGCCGUGGGCGCGUACCGUUACGGUACUCCCGCCUACCACCACGCCACGCCGGCGGUGCACGUCAACGUAGCAGCGCCCGCCGCCCACCACUCCGCCCUCACCUACGGCGCCGCACCUGUUCCAGUCGGUGACACGCCCGCCGUGGCCGCCGCCAAGGCUGAUUUCUUCCGUCUGUACAACCUGCAGGCGGCAGCAGCAGCCGCGGCUCCAGAUCAUGAUGCCCCUCGCUAUAAUGUGAAUAGAUGUGAUAUAUCAUCUAAUGCUACUUACGACACAAUCAUUCACGUGUUGCAGUACUCCAUGGAUUCUCCAGAUCUAGGCAGAGGCAUCUUCAAUACUCUAUCUCUUCCUCAGCUGAUUCAGGGUCAAGCCACGCCCACCAAAGUUGCACUGAUGCAGGUAAUUUUGGCAGUGCUGGGAGUGUGCUCCGCCUCCACCUGGCAGGCCACCUACGGCGGCUACGGCGUGUACGGCGCCCCUUACCAGCGGAAGUGGACCGGACCCGUGGCGGCCACCGUCCCGGCGGGCGUCGACGGUACCAUCACCCCGGUGUCUGAUACGUACGAGGUAACCGCCGCACGCAAUGCCUUCUUCAAGGCAUACAACGCUCAGCUGGCUGCCGUAGGCGCGUACCGUUACGGUACUCCCGCCUACCACCACGCCAUGCCGGCGGUGCACGUCAACGUAGCAGCGCCCGCCGCCCACCAUUCCGCCCUCACCUACGGCGCCGCACCUGCUCCAGUCGGUGACACGCCCGCCGUGGCCGCCGCCAAGGCUGAUUUCUUCCGCCUGUACAACCUGCAGGCAGCAGCAGCAGCCGCGGCUCCAGAUCCUGAUGCUCCUCGCUACUAUUACUAUAUAACUGAUCCAGGGUCAAGCCACGCCCACCAGAUCCGCACUGAUGCAGGUCCUAUAAAUACUGUUCACGAGCCAAGAGCCAAGCAGUGCGACUCACGACAGGCAAAGCAGGACAUCAUGAAAUCUCUGGUAAUUUUGGCAGUGCUGGGAGUGUGCUCCGCCUCCACCUGGCAGGCCACCUACGGCGGCUACGGCGUGUACGGCGCCCCUUACCAGCGGAAGUGGACCGGACCCGUGGCGGCCACCGUCCCGGCGGGCGUCGACGGUACCAUCACCCCGGUGUCUGAUACCUACGAGGUAGCCGCUGCACGUAACGCCUUCUUCCAGGCAUACAACGCACAGCUGGCUGCCGUGGGCGCGUACCGUUACGGUACACCCGCUUAUCAUCAUGCCACGCCGGCGGUGCACGUCAGCGUAGCAGCGCCCGCCGCCCACCACUCCGCCCUCACCUACGGCGGUGCACCUGCUCCGGUCGGUGACACGCCCGCCGUGGCCGCCGCCAAGGCUGAUUUCUUCCGUCUGUACAACCUGCAGGCAGCAGCAGCAGCCGCGGCUCCAGAUCAUGAUGCUCCUCGCUACUAUUACUAAUAUGUAUCGCAUGUUUACAGGAACUUUGAACCAUAUCAAUGAACCGAAAAUUGAGUGUGCACUCAAAAUGGUCGGAUGUCCUUUCUUAUCUCUUUUAUGCUUUACGAAUGAACGAUACAAUUGCAGCGACCUCACUGACCGAUCUAACGAAUGAUACACAAACGGAUAUGGACGUUCUC